UCAGUCCACGUUAUAAAUACAGAGCCCCUCCCCUCUGUGUUCAAAUCUCACAUCCCUCGUCUCAACCCUAACAAGGAGAAUAAUAAGAAAGAGAGCUUUUGGGAUCUCGAUUUUUCAUCUUCUUCUCAGUUCAAACUAAUAGUUCCUGUCAAUUAAUUGCUAAUUCAUCAGUUUUUAAUGGCUCAGCUAACGUUGUUAGGAUCACAUCAGUUACUCGUCUCCAUCUCAAGCUUUGUUAUUUCUGUUUUGUUCAUAUCAGGAGUUGAUUCCACGACCUUCACAAUAGUAAAUAAAUGCGACUAUACGGUGUGGCCAGGCAUUCUGUCGAACGCCGGUGUGCCGCCGCUUUCCAACACUGGAUUUGUUCUCGAGAAGGGAGAAACGAAGACCAUCUCCGCGCCGACAUCAUGGGGUGGCCGUUUCUGGGGAAGAACUCACUGUACCGAGGAUUCCUCCGGCGAGUUUUCAUGCGUGACAGGUGACUGCGGCUCCGGCAAGGUCGAAUGCUCCGGUAGUGGAGCAAUCCCGCCGGCCACCCUUGCGGAAUUUACCCUAGACGGUCACGGUGGACUCGAUUUUUUUGAUGUGAGCUUAGUAGAUGGGUAUAAUAUUCCUAUGGUGGUUGUCCCUCAGGGUGGGACGGGCGUGAACUGCACGACGACGGGAUGCUUGGUGGAUCUAAACGGCGCGUGUCCUUCCGAGCUGAAAGUGAUGAGUGCUGACGGGAAAGGCGGCGUGGCGUGUAAAAGCGCCUGCGAGGCGUUUCAGCAGCCGCAAUACUGCUGCAGCGGCGCGUACGAUAGCCCCGCGAUUUGCAAACCUUCUCAGUACUCUCGGCUGUUCAAAAGCGCGUGCCCACAUGCGUACAGCUACGCUUAUGACGAUAAGACCAGCACUUUCACAUGCGCUAACGCCGACUACGUUAUUACCUUCUGCCCUGCGCCUAACACCAGUCAGAAAUCGUCUCAGGGGCAGACCACGGGCACGGAGACAAUCACGCCGUCAAUUAACAGCACCAUGGUGUACGAGGGUGAGCUGGACCAGAGCAGCGCAUCGCCCUCCACGUACACUCGAUCGCGUGGCAUUGCGGCCAUCGUCAUACUGACACUAGCCUUAUAAGAACACGAAGCCGGUACGCUGUCGUUUCAAUAGUGGACCCGGCAGCUUUUCCCGGUUUGGUUAUGGAGCUCUCAAUUAAUGGCCCAUGUGACGGUUUGCCGACGUGGUAUCGUGUCAGACUUGAAAAAGCCCAUUCCAUCCCAUCCCAUCCGUUAAUUUUCUUCUUUACUUGUUCUACAACAUAUAAUUAAUUCGGUAGGCAGGAAUUACGAACCGUCGGAUUACGUGGGUCGAGGUCGAUUCGUACAAUCGGAUGGUUAAUAUUUAAAUCCGUGCGCAUGGAAUCAACAAAUUCAAUUGGUUAUAAGUGUACAGAAGGAAGUCAGAGUGGGUUGGAAUUUAAUUUUUUUUUGUUUUAUAUUUUUGUUAUUAUUAGGAGGUGAUUUAUUGUUGCAAUGAAUUAUUAUUGUAUAACCACCGCAUUUGGUGCUAAUAAAAUGGAAAUUAUUUAUUU